AUGAAUCUUUCUGCGUUCACGUCGUUAAUCAUUGCACUCUCGAUGAUUGCCAACGCAGAAGUUUUGACGAGCAUCGUUGGGUGCAACUUCCAGGAAAUUAGCUCUUCUCAAGGUUUUAACGCAGUCGCCUUUCAAUAUGACACCCCAAUGACCACGGCGUUUAGCAAAUCUGCAUUUUAUGAGAGCGAGUAUAAAGCAGGAGAUACAGUUGGAACUGCAACUGACAUUACGGAGAUCAAUUUCAGUUUACCUGGCGGUGAACAAUCACUUUAUGGCUUGAAUAUUAGGGAUACCUCUAAUUAUGCGUUGGAAUACACUGGCUAUUUUAAAGGUAUGUUAUAUUUAUGA